GGGGCCGCUGCCACGUCACGUAGGGGUUCGCGUCAGGGGAGCAUUCAUGGAGGGCUCGGGCGAGUUCCAGAAGUGGAAGACGCAGGGCCUGAGCAAGGCAGACCUGAGCCGGCAGGGCGUCAUAGACGAGGAUGUGGCGGAGCUGGUGGAGCUCCUGAACGGCCAAGAGGAGUUCUUCACCAGGAGUUCCUGUGCGGGACGCAUCUUGCUGCUGGACGGGAGCACCAAUGGCUGUAAAAUCCAGAAGCAAAACUGUUCCUGGCUGCUGGUGACCCAUCAAUUCUGUGCCAAGGAUGACCUGCUCUCAGCCCUGAAGAAAGCCCAAGGAGAUGCCGUGCUGAAAUUUGAGCCCUUCAUCCUUCAUGUCCAGUGUCGGCAGCUGCAGGAUGCCCAAGUCCUGCAUUCGGUGGCCAUAGAUUCUGGAUUUAGGAAUUCUGGCAUAACAGUUGGAAAAAAAGGGAAGACGGUGCUGGCCGUCCGGAGUACACAUGGCCUGGAAGUUCCACUGAGCCACAAGGGAAGGCUGAUGGUGACUGAGGAAUAUAUUGAUUUCUUGUUGAAAAUUGCCAAUCAGAAAAUGGAAGAAAACAAGAAAAGAAUUGAAAGGUUUUACAGCUGCCUCCAGCUGGCCCUGAAAAGGGAAGAAGCCAGUGAUCUGCAUCCCGAGGCCAAGAAGACAGUUCAUUGUGUGUAUACUCAUAGGAGGAAGAGGAAGACAGAAAAAACCCAUGGCCAGCGGAGGUGCCCAGAGAAACAGGAGGACUUGGAAAGUGAUGAGGAUAAUGCAGAAAUCGGUCUCGACUUCUUCCCUGAAGAUUAUUAAUAUUUGACUUGAAAAUGCCUCUGCAGGAGGAGAUUCCGUGGCCCUGUGCAUUACUGCUCUUUAUAAGAGUCGUCUAAUUUGCUAAGCUCUGAAAUCAAUUCAUAAAGGCAACAUUUACCAGUUGUACUUUAUAUUUUGAAUGGAGUCUUUAAUAAAUACAGGCGUUUUGCAAACA